AAAUCCUGUGCAUGUUAUUCUUAAUCAUUACUGCUUUGCUUUCUAGUAAACUUUGUUUAAAUCUUCGAAUUAACAAAACUUUUCAAAAAUAAUUAAUUUUUUUUUUGUAGUUUUGUGUUUUUGUUAAAGGUACGGGAAUUACAAAUUGUAUCGUAACGUUUUAACUUUGCUUAGUACUUUUAAAUAACAGUCAAAAUAUAAAAAAAAUUAGCACAGUGAAAUGUUGGCACGUAUAAAGAAAUUAUUUAAUUUAAUUUUUAAAAAAAGACGAAAGGAUACAGAUGGUUCUGAAUAUUCUGAAUAUUCUCAAGAUGAACAAGGAAGUCCGCAAAGUUCGAGAAGACCGGAAAGACGUCAAUACUCCAAAGGACUUAAUGGUUCAGAGGAGACAGAGGUUAUACCACUUCCACCUUUAAAGGGAAAUAUGUUGACAUAUUUUCACAUUGGAAAUUUAGCUAAAGAGUGUUUAUGUCAUGGCUAUAACAUCGGAAUUUGGCAGCUCGAUUGCUCAACUGGAACCAAGAAAAACAUGAACAUUUACAGCUACGGCAAAGCUGAUCCUGAUCUCAACUCCAUCACAGGAGGCAUGGGUCUUAGUGAAAAGUUUGGCAUUUUUCAUAUGAGUCAGACCUGGCAGAUACAUGGAUAUUUGGGCACGAUUGGUCUAAAUACCGAGACAAUUGGCGGGAAGCUCUAUUCCUUCUUAUGUGCCAAUUAUGUACACAAUGAUGAUGCUAGUCCUAAAAUCGAUCUUCUUGCUGGCUACGAACUGUCCCCCAUUAAGUCUGAGGUGGUAAUACCCAUUUUGAAGUCACCCAAGUUUAUGGGUUAUUUGCUCUUGCAACCAAUAGAAAAUUUUCUACUUGCCUGCCGUCUGGAAUUCAACGUUGAGGAGCGUGAGAUUGAGACACAUGCCUUUUGCAUAGGCUACACCGAUGAAACCACCGAAUAUGGACUCAAAGUGGAGAACUUUAAAGAUGUGCGUGGAUCAGUUUUUCAGCGUGUGGGCGAAAAGUGGGGCGUGGCGCUCAAAGCGAAUCUAUUUGGCAAGGAUAUGCAAAAAUUUACAGUUGGAGGUCAAUAUCAAAUCCAUGAAAGGGCUUUAAUCAAAGCCCGAAUUUCUGAUGAUUUGUUUGCCGGUCUUGUUUAUCAAAUAAAACUAACGGAUAACGUUGAGGGUAAUUAUUACUUUGGAUUCGACGCUAAUUCGCCGUUUAAAGGAGAUCACAAAAUUGGUAUUUCCUGGAGAUUUAGAGCCUAGUUCUAUUACUUCUUAACACGUUUAUUAAUAUAAUUUAAAAUAGAACAUUUAAA